AUGGAUGCGUGGUUUCAUACAGGACAAUGCGACUACCCAUCUCGUAGAGGACCUGGAAGUCAGUGUCAUCGACGUCUCUGUAGAUUUCCGGAGAAAGAGGAAUGUACCCGAGGACGUCAUCGUCAUCUCCUUUAUUGGUUGUCGGAGUCGUCAUCGGAGACACAGCAAGCUGCGGAAGGAAACCAUCAACCUAGAGAAUCCUCGGAUUUGGAAGAUCUAGCACGGGACAGGAGAAGAUCUCGAGACUAUUUUCGUGAUUAUCACUAUCAACCGCGCAAACAUAGAGGAUAUCGCAGCAAGCCACAUACUAUUCUAUAA